AACAAUGCCACAAUGAUGGAGGUACGGUCUUUGCGCGUUUUUUUCCAAGACAAAUGAUGAAAAAAAAAAUAACAAUUAUAAUAUUAAUAUUAAUUAAUUAAUUAACAAAACAUGAAUUUUUUUUUCUUGUUAUAUUAAUUAGUAUAAACAUUCUUUAGUCAUUCUUCACUCUUUAGGCAAAAUUUACGACAAUUAAUGCUUCUUUUAGAAGAACCUAUAAUGGUUUCACACGAGUUAGAACCAUUCCCCGCACGCCCCAUUGACGCGGAUAGACUAAAAUUAUCCAAUGCAUAUUAUUUAAAUAAUAUAUUAUUGGUUGAUAAUCGCAUAACGAACUUUUUUAGGGUUCUUUCAUUCAAAUUUCAGUGACGUCUCAUUAAUAUCCUAUUGCACUGCAUAUCAUUAGAUUAAAUAGUUUUUUUUAUUCGGGCAACCUUCAGAAACGGAACACUCUAAAAAGAUGUCGUUGAAUUCGACUUCCGCCAACUCUCGUCGAAGCAUAACUUCACAAAGAAGAGAAAUACUUAACCCUCCCUCAUCUUCAACAAGGUCGAACCCAUUUACACAACCUCGACGAAGGAAAAAUAUUACUAAAAAGGAGACGAACGACCUUCCCAGCAUUAUCACUGGUGCAUGCCGUUAUGAUAGUUCUCUCGGGUUACUUACAAAAAAAUUUGUGAGUCUUCUUACGGAAGCAAAAGAUGGAGACUUGGACCUAAAUACAGCAGCAGUAGCUUUAAAGGUUCAAAAGCGAAGAAUUUAUGACAUUACAAACGUAUUAGAAGGAAUUGGUUUAAUUGAAAAAAAUUCAAAGAAUCAUGUUCGUUGGAAGGGUACACAACAGCAACAACCAGCUAUACGGCAAGAUUAUAAACGAAGGAUUGAAGAACUUAAGACCGCCAAUGCAAAUUUGGAAUCUGAACGACAAGAAUUAGAGAGAGCUGAUCAAGAGGUUGACAUUAGUAUUAAAAGUAUAUAUGAUUCUGAAGAAAGUUCAAGAUUGGCGUUUGUUUAUCAAUCAGAAAUCGAAACCGCUAAUUCAUUUAGAGGUCGUAUUCUAAUUGCUUUAAAACCCGUACCAGGGACAACACCACACAUUUUGGAACCUAUCGAGUGCGGACAACCAAAUCAACCUCAUUAUCAAGUGCAUAUCCAACAUCCAAUUAAUCAACCCGUUCACAUUAUCAGAUUAGAAACUGAUAACUCUCUAUUUCCAAUGUCAGAUAAUCAUUUUCAGAUAGGAAAUAUUCCUCCACGUGCAUUUCCACAACCAAGUCCACCUUUGAAUGUUCAUGAUGGAAGUCCUUUACGUUUUAUAGCUCUUCCCCCGCCGUUUCCACAUCCUUCAUCAACGCCAACUCCUCCUGAAGAGGAUUAUGAAAUGCUUGAUAGUAAUAUUGAUGAUACCGAUUUUCAUCCUCAUCAUCAUUUACAUUUUCAACAUCAUCCACAAUUUCAAAAUCAUCGUCGACAAAUGUAUCUUCAAGAUGAUAUUCGAAAUAAUCGUCAUAAUGAUAUUGGGAAUAAUGAUGAUAUGAACGAAGAUUUUGAACCACUUGACACAUCUGUUAACGCAAGAGAUUAUAUAUUCGGAGUGAUGAGACAUGAUGGACGUGAAGGAUUUGCUGACAUUUUUGGACGAGAUCCAAAUCAGAGAAAUAGAGAAGGUGGUCAUAGACCUUAAAUUAUUAAUAGAAAAAUAAUAAUAAACAUUUAUCAAAUGGUAUCGUUAUAUCGUUAAAGAUGUCAGAAGAUAAUAUAGAACUUAAAAUACUAAACAGAUACAAACAUAGAUAGACAUAAUAUUAUAUAUCAUCACAAAAAAAGUUGAAUGGAUACCAACAUUCAGUUUAACCAAUAGAACCUUGUAAAAAUAUAUAUAAUUUACAGUUUACUUAGACAAUAGUAUUCCUUCUCAAUAGUAAAAAGCUUAUUUUGUUAGGCACAAAAGAAAAAAAAAAUUCUUUGUAUAUUCAAAUAUAAAAAGUACAAUAAUAGACGGACAUUGGUUUUUUUCCUUUCUUUCUUCAUCUUUUUUUCUAUUUUUCUCU